UACUUUAGUAAAAUCAUGGUUACCACAAAAGAUUUUUAAACAAACAUAUUUAAACCAUGGUUAUGUUAGUAAAACAUGCUUUUGCUAAUAGUAAUCAAUACACCAAAAACAUGACUACAUUUUUACCACGGAAAAAAAAAACAUGGUAAAUGUUCGUAAGGAAAUUAAUGUUUUAUGAACUGGAGUAAUAAAACUGACCAGAUUUUACCUAAUCAUCACUUUAGUGAACAAUUCCCCCUGGUAUACAAUAGGAUUUUCGAAACAGUUAUGACUUUUUACAGUCUAUGGUAAUGACGUUAUGAAGCCUCGUUUGCUAAAGUCACGUGACAUAGCCAGUUUGAAAACGCUCUGUCUGAACCACUGAUUCGAAACAAAAGAUUCGUAAAAGUUUCGAGGCUUUAUGAAGCAAUGUUCGUAAUCGCUCAUCACUGCGAAACAAAAGAUUCAUAAAGGCUUCGAAGCUUCAAGGAAGGGAGAUCGAACUUCGCUCCAGAUAUAAAAGAGAACGUUGUUGGUUUUUAUUGCUCUAUUCGCCAACGUUUUUUUCGCAACUCCAGUAUCAAGAGUUUUGAUCUUUGAAGAGAAAAAGCCAUAGGGAUGGUCACAUUUGUGUUAAUAUUGUGUUAAUGUGAGUAACAUGGUGUAGUUGAGUUGACGCAGUUGUUGUCAUUUUCACUCCGUGUCAGUUUUGGAGAUCACACUGAUCAGAUUCACCUCAGCCGCUCCAUCAUGGACCAAACACAAACAUCCACAGAUGAAGAUUUUUCCUCAGGAUGCAGGUCGAGUUCUUGUAAUAUCACAGAUGAAGGUUGUGAUGCUCUGACUUCAGCUCUGAUAUCAAACCCAUCAGACCUGACUGAAAUUAUUCUGGAUGAGAACCUAAUAGGAGAUUCAGGAGUGAAGCUGAUCUCUGAUGUACUGAAGAAUCCUGACUGUAAACUGAAGAUACUGAAAUACCUCUGGGGUCGGGCUAGGAGCUGUACUGUUACAAGGCGACAGUGGAAACCGUAGGCCUGUGCAGUAUAUCAGUCGGAAGCUGUUUCCCCGCGAGGUUGUGUUUUUGUAAUAUCACAGAUGAGGGUUGUGCUGCUCUGACUUCAGCUCUGACAUCAAACCCAUCACACCUGAGAGAACUGAAUCUAACUGGGAACACAAUCGGAGAUUCAGGAG